UGCGCAUGCUCCUCGGAUGUGGAAGUGCUUUGGCAGAAGCAACGGUCGGGGAAGGGUUUGCGCUUAUUACAAGCGCAGUAGUUGAGCACCUCACACGGGAAUGAACUUUCGGCAUUAGUUCGGGUGUACGUCUGAGUGGGCAACGAGGGAGUAGAGUCCGUUUGUCACGUGACACAAACGUUAAAACCCCACAGAAUGGGUCGCGGGGGGUGCUGAAGCCUAUCCCAGCUGACUUCACAAAGAAUAUUUAAAGAUUGUCAUCCUAGUGCAAGUCUUUAGUGACCAAAUCCAUUAUUAAUUUUGGUUUUAGUCCUAAUUUGGUCUUCCAGCACCUGAAAAAGAUGCGCUUCAUGCUGCUGUUCAGCCGGCAGGGCAAGCUGCGACUGCAGAAGUGGUACACAGCCACAGCUGAGCGUGACAAGAAGAAGAUGGUCAGGGAGCUGAUGCAGAUAGUGUUGGCUCGCAAACCAAAGAUGUGCAGUUUUCUAGAAUGGCGCGACCUCAAGAUUGUCUAUAAAAGGUAUGCCAGCCUUUAUUUCUGUUGUGCGAUUGAAGAGCAAGACAAUGAGCUGAUCACACUCGAAGUUAUACACCGUUUCGUAGAGUUGCUGGAUAAAUAUUUUGGCAGUGUAUGUGAGCUGGACAUCAUCUUUAAUUUUGAGAAGGCCUACUUCAUUUUAGACGAGUUCCUGAUGGGAGGAGAGAUUCAGGACACAUCUAAAAAGAGUGUCCUCAAAGCCAUUGAACAAGCUGACCUACUGCAGGAGGAGGACGAAUCACCGAGAAGUGUACUGGAGGAGAUGGGCUUGGCAUAGCCCACAGCAGCGUUAUGGGAGAAUAUAGAAGGCAGGGGGUGGGUCAGUGUAGGGUAGAACAUGCAUCAACUUGACAGUACUGGUACUAUGUAUAUGUGAAUGGGGACUGAUAUACACUGUUUAACUGGGGGAGAGACUCAGUUAGUGGAAGAACCUUGCAGUGCCAGGCCCUUUAGCUCUGGGUGGGUGGGUGAUAGUGUGCGUGUGUGUGGGUGGGGAGGUCACUUCUAUGUGGCUGCCAGAGUUGUGUGUUUAUAUUCUUUUUAAGGAGUAAGGCAGAGUCCAGCUAAGAAAAUAACCCACAGUGUUUACCUCUGUGGGUUAUAUACACUUCAGCAAAGUAACAUUUUGCUGAAUGUUUAUCACAGUAUUGUGAUUUUGCAGUGUGACUGGGCUAUGAUACAAAAACUGGUUGAGCAGGCACAUUAUGUCAUGAAGCUUUGUCAGGUACUGACUAUGGGCUCACUUGAGUAGUAAGACUGUAAUAAAUAUUUAAUGUCACUACAAGUGCUACUAGUGAAUUUUAAAGCAUUGACGAUGGUAAGUUGGG